CCCACUAUGUUGGUUUUCCCAUGGCACGGCUCAUUUUGAAAUUUACUUAGAUAACUGGACUUUGGACUCUUUAUCAGUGACCUGCAUUCAAACAAGUGAUAUCAUUAUGUCUUAUCUAUGUAUUCAAUAAACAUAGUUUUCCUCUGAAUUGAAAACGUGGAUAUUAUUUAACCAGAGAAAUAUAUUUUUCUCUACAAGGUAUAAAUCCAUACAUCCGCAAGUUAUAAAUUCACAGUAUAUCAUAGCUAUGGCAGUGUCAGGAAGGAAGAUUUCUGAUUUUCAUGGGUCAAUAUCUAGAGGUUCAGCAGAGGACUUUGACCAAUGCUGUGAACCAUGUCUAGCUCUUGGUCAGCAUAAAGAAGCUCAUGGACUUUGUGUGGAGUGUCAGGAAUAUUUUUGCAAGAACUGCUACAUUUACCAUCAACAGAUAAAAGCCACAAAACAUCACCAACUACUUGAUAAAGAGAACAUGGAAAACAAUAGCGUAGAUCUUGCAGUAUGCACUGAGGAGUAUCACAUUCACAAAAAUGAAAUUGUCAAGUUUUUCUGCACUAACCACGAAGCUCUUGGAUGUACUGACUGUAUAACACUGAACCAUAGAGUAUGCAAGAUUGACUAUAUACCUGAUAAGUGUGCAGGUAUUGGAGAUCGUGAUGAGUAUAAGGAAACACUGAGAGAACUGGAUCAGAAGUUGAAUGAUAUUGAUGCUGUGAUCAAGAAGGCAACACUACAAGACAAGGAGAUAGAUUCCUCUUAUGACCAUGUUGUUACAGAAAUUGUCAAGUUCCGCAAGGAGAUAAAUGAUCGCUUAGAUCAACUACAAAUGAAAAUUCAGACAGAUGCUGACAAAAAGAUGUUAAACGACAAACAAACAGUCAAGAAUGUGCUUGAUACAUGUACUGCUGUUUCUUCAGAUAUCAAGAAAUUCAAGUCGAGUCUCCAAGACAGCAAAACUUCUCAGCAGAAUGGACAACUGUACAUCAUGAUAAAACAAGCUAAAAACAAAAUAAAGUUGGACAAACUGAAGACUGCUCAAGAAUCUUUAGAUCAGACCAGCAUUAAAUACACCUUCCAGAGAAACAAAGAAUUAGAGAACCUUACAAAGCAAGAUAUAUUUGGGAACUUGAACCUACCAACUACUAAGGUGUCUCUGGAAACGAAGAAAGAGUUUGAUACUUUAACUCACAGUGGAGAUAUUAAUGUAAGAACCAAUUCAGAUGUGACUGAAUGCUCAAUCACAGGAUGUGCAGUUUUGUCAAAUAACAAACUUGUGCUGGUUGACAAGAACAAUAAGAAACUGAAAGUUUUGGACAUGUCAAGUAAAGCUGUGACCAAGGAGAAGACACUGGACUCAGUGCCAUGGGGCAUUGCUACAGUGCCACCAGACCAUAUUGCUGCUACAAUACCAAAGAAGAAAGAGAUUUGGCUAAUGGAAACUAGAAAACUGAAAAUCAUUUGCAGGAUUCCAGUUAAAGGAAAAUGUAAAGGUAUAACUUAUCACCAAGGUCAUUUCUAUGUGGUUUGCUGGGAUCCUUAUAGACUGUUUAUAGUAGACACAAAAAGUAAUUUCAAUAAAAUAUUUUUCCUGCAUGGUAAGAUAUUUACCAACCCAAACUACAUACUGAUAAGACCCAUUAUUUCUGAUUAGCAAAUAAUGGUUUUUAUUUUUGCGCACGAAGUGUCGUGCGUACUCAUGGUUACUGGUGGUGUAAUUCAUUCGGAUGUAUUCGUAUAUUGAUAGUGCAAACUUCCGUUUCCGAUUUCUUUCAAUCUCGUGCUAUCCAACGGACAACAUCGCUUUUCAAAGUUAUAAAAAUAUCUAAGUAAAUCUACGUUAUAUACCACCCUUCUUGAUAUAGAAUCAUGCCGGGCAGAGGCAAAGGCGUGAAGAGGAAAACACGAGCAGCAGAUUCUGAAAAUUCUAGAUUGCUACAGCCAGAUCCAGGUAACUCUAAUUCAAGUUCUAAUGUCAUUGAUUUUGAGGAAAUUAUGAGAGUUUCGGGUAUUUUACCCGUUCCUAAUACAGAUGCAAAUACUGAACAAAACAAUUUGUUUGAAAAUAACAUUUCGGAUGGAAGUAAUCAAAAUGACGGGUGUGGUGGUAGCGACCAAUUUAGGUCAGGUCAAAUCUUGCCCGAAACAAAUAAUGCAGAAAUUCUUGAGAGUCCUACACAUAUGCAUGAAUUUAAUUCGUCUGCUUAUCCUUUACUAGGAGCGCAACAGAGCGUUCAAUUGUCAAACGUCACGCCUGAAUUAGUUCCCUUAGCAAAUGACGAUAUCGCGGCGCACGUGCCAUCAUCAUUAAAACAGCUGAUCGCAAGGGGCGAGUAUAUAAAUUUAGCCUUGUUGUUGAAAGGUGCUAUUGAGCUAGCCGACUUUUAUAGCCAGGGUAGCAUUUUGCGCAUAGGAUCGGAUGGUAAAAUCGAAACUCAAGCGAAACAGUGCAAAGACAAAAUAAAUAGCAUUGAAAAAUGGACCGACGCUUUUUUGAUUUACGCAUCCAUUUACCUGUCAUCGCACGUAGAAAAAACAUAUGAGAUUUUGCAUUAUAUGUGGUUGAUUAGGGAGUGCGCAGCUAGGCAAGGCGGUUUGUCAUGGAGAGAUUAUGACGAACAGUUUAGGGUAAGACAGGCUAUCAGACCCACAUCUUGGGCAUCAAUUAAUAAUGACCUCUGGUGGAGAUGCGUACAAACUAGGCCGCAGUACUUGCCAUCUGAAAGGCCGGCAACACCGCGUAAUCAUCUUUCAUGUAAUCCUUUCAACGAGGGCAGGUGUACCUGGCCAAUGUGUAGAUUUCCACAUGUAUGUUCCAAGUGCGGUGCGUUACACGCAGCUAUACACUGCCCAAGAAACAGAAUAAAUAAUACAUCACAAUUCAACAAUUACCCUCAAAACUCUCGGACCGGAAAUUUUCGUUUUUCCAAUCCCAGGGGACGUGGCGCAUUCAGAGGUCAGUUCAGGGGUCAGUUCAGAGAGCCCAUUAAAAAAUAAAUCGGCGAGGUUGGCUCAAAAUUUAGAUUUGAUUAACUUAGCUUAUACGCCAAUAAAUUUGUCCGCAUUGCGUCGUUAUUUAUCAGAGUGCAAACAUAAAGAUUCUGAAGUUUUGUUGAGCGGUUUUCUUAAUGGUUUUAAUAUGCAUUACGAGGGUCCGGUAGCGUCCAGGGAAAGCAAAAACUUACGAUCUGCUUUAUCGAAUCCUGAUAUCGUUCAGCAAAAAUUAGAUAAAGAAAUAAACGCUGGAAGAAUGGCCGGCCCGUAUUUAGAAAAACCUCUUUCAAAUCUCAUAGUUUCGCCUGUGGGCCUGGUACCUAAGAAAACUCAUGGGGAAUUCAGACUUAUCCACCAUCUUUCAUUUCCAGAGGGAGAAUCAGUUAAUGACUAUAUUGAUACAAAAUUUUGUUCCGUGACGUACACUAAUUUUGACGCAGCAGUGACUAUGAUUCAGGAAUUUGGCAGACACUGUAAACUUUUCAAAAUGGACCUCAAAAAUGCAUUUCGCUUGUUACCAAUAAGAGUGCAAGAUUUUAAAUUACUUGGUAUAAAAUUCAAUAACUUUUAUUAUGUAGAUAAAGCCCUCCCUUUUGGCGCAUCUGUAAGCUGCAAAACAUUCGAACAGUUUUCAACCUUCUUGGAAUUUGUCGUUAAAAACAAGCUGACGUCAGGGCAGCUGAUUCAUUAUCUUGAUGACUUCUUGGGUGGAGACAGAACAAUGCCUUUAUAUAUCUGGAUUAUUGGUGACUCGCUGCCUUAUUGGGCUGGCGUGAGAGCCCAGCAGUUAAGUACCCCAGACCUGAAGGCACCUGCGGGUAUCAGGAUUGGCUGGUGGGGCAUACGGGGGAUGUCCUG